UUCAAAAAAAGGCACAAUGCUCAAAAUAAAUACCCCCUUUCGAAGGUCAAGUGUUGGUUGCCAUUGUGACUAGAAAAUAACAACCUGUGUCUGAAAGAAUUGUGCUGUUAAAAGUGCCUGAUUUGAGAAGCAAACGGAAUCAAUAUAAUAUUGCACGUGGCCUGCUGGCAAAUAAUAUUAUGUAAUCUUCAAUAGGCCCACUGUCACAGUGAAUUGAGUUAGAACGUCAGUGCGAAAUAAUAUCCUGCAAAUUAAUUGAGAUGCCGCGCCAUGGGGACCAAUCAACUUAUUAUGGUUUAAACUCAGCAGAACCAAUACCAUCACCUUACGGUAUAUGUAGCGAUCAGCAAUUUUGGUUUGUUGCACAUCGUCUGCAAGAGGAUUGGCGGUCACUUGCAGUAGUAUUAGGAGUACCUCAACGAGAUAUCGCAAUUAUUGCGAAAUCACAUGCUACGGUGGUAGAUCAAACAUUCGCUAUGCUACAGAGCUGGAGAUGGCGGGCGAUGAAAUGGAGACCUGCAGACGAGGCAGCAGCCCAACUUAUCGGUGCGUUGGCUGAAGUCGGCAAGAGAAGUCUGGCGGAACAUGUCGAACAACAAUUCAAAAUGACUCAAAAUUUACCGUGAUAAUGAUUGGAUGAAACUUAGGACUUCAAACAUUCUUAGACGAUAAAGUAUGAAGGAAAAUAUUUAUAUGUCAUCCUCGCCCCCACCCCCUCAACCUUAUAGCAAAAGGGUGUACUGUACUGACUUUUAUUUAACUUGAAACGUGGGUAGGAAUGCAUACGGUAUAUCGUAGCUUUCAAAUAAUUAUUUGUUAGAUAAGAAUUAGCAUUAUGCAAUCUCAAAUGGACUUUGCCCUUAACAUCACUAAGCCUAUUACGAAUUUAAACAUAUUUUUUUGAAAAUAAGAAUGGUCAAGAUUACCAUUUUAUCUUUUUAUAUGUUUUGUGGUGAAAAAACCCUCAAAGUUCUCGUAAGUAAUCCGAUCACUCGAGUAACACCGAACCCAGAGAUACACUUAUAUAAUUAUACUAAAUGUCUUUCACCCCAUUGUUGUAUUCUGAUAGUAUUCUUACUUAAUUUGUAUAAUAAAAUGUUUAUCAUUGUUAUCUAUAGUGUGCCAGGAUUUAUACAAUGAAUAUCGACUCAAUGCGCUUUUAAAAUUAACUUAUUGUUUAAAGUAACUUUAGUUACUGAAAAAAAUAAUCUAUUAAAAUGACGGCGUUGAGUCAUAAUU